UGCCUUCAUCCUCUUUUUCACUUCCAUCUGUUCCACAACUUCAGCUCGAGACUCAACAAUACACAUUAUUCAUAUUUGUAUUCUUGAAUUCUUUUCACGCGCACCAUGCUAGCAUUUACUCCGUCCUUCAUUACACUGGGCGUGGUUUUGGUCUCGUCUGUGGCGUCGCAAACGUCUCCAAGCUCUACGACAGACUCGGACCGACUAAACUUCACCAAUGGUUUCUACUCUGAAACUAUCGAAAACAGCAACAACACCAUCAUGAGUAGCACCAUGAGCUACGCUAACACCAAUGGUACCGCCACGCCCUGGACGGCUCAGGAAGGUAACAAAUCUGAAGGCACAUCUUAUGAGACCACACCUGCACCCAUGACCACUUCCUACAUCUACUCCACCAAAAUGAAGGAAAAUCAGAAGGACAAAAAUACCACCACAGCAAAGCCUUACACUACGAAGCGCUACGAGAGCACUGCCAUCAUCAUCCUCGUUUUGAUCAUCGUGGUAGCCAUCGGAUUUGGUAUCGCUUGCUACAUCUCGAAGAGGCGAGGAAGGCGCUACGCUGUCGACUUCUCCACGAGGGCUGAUGAAGCCAACAUCCCUCUGAGCACCGGGGAACCCGUGUUAGCCAAUGAUGGCGCGCCACACAACGGUUUGCAGACGUUUGAAAGUGGAGAGAAGCGAUCAAAAGAAGAAGAAAAAGAAGAAGCAGCAGCAAAAUCUGUGGAGGAAGAUGAGCCAAAAGCUGAAGCUGAGUCUGCAUCUCCACCUGCAGACGAUCUGCAGAACAAAGCCGAAGACGCCGAGCCAGUGAAAUCCGACGAACCAGACCAACAAAUCUCCCACGGGAGUCCGAAGAACGAGAACAAUAGCAACAAUGCCGACGUGGUGGAGAGGAAAGGUCGCAUGUCUGAUACUAAUGGAACUGUCAAAUCAAAUGCAGAUUUCAAAUCGCCUGCCAUCUUUUGGGAGAUUUCACUCGACGGCCAGGUGUGAGAAAUUACCCCACCCACCCCCAGUCGCUGUGCUGAUCUUCAUAAAACACGAUUAAGAGACAAAUGACUUCAGAAACGAAGAAAUGUAUUUGUGGUAAUAAUUAAUCCAAGGUAGCUAAAAAGUUAAAUAUUUGAAAGUGUUAUUAAUGACUCACUUAACAUCAGUGUCCGUUUUACGCUUUUUCAUAAAUGUAUGAAACAGUGUAGUAAUAGUAACACAUGACAUUGUAACAUGUAAAAAAAAACGAUUAAAAAUGCAUUUUUUUUUGUAUAAUAUUAUUUUGCUGACUUUCUGUCAGAUAUUCCAAAAGGGAGGUUAUACAAUAUUAAUUUUGUUUGCUUAUUGUCAUUAUUGUUAUAAUGUUUUGGUUUUAAUUGUUUAUCUGGAAUUGGUUUUAUUUCCUAAAGUUUGGUUCUUAUCUGUGUACAGCACUUUGUUUUCAUCUGUAUUUGUAUUUGCAGUGCUUUAUAAAUAAAGUUGAGUUUAGUUAAGUUAUAAUGCUGUACAGUAUUUGUC